AAGUGUCUGGACUGGAAGGGGGGAAAGUGUCCGGACUGGAAGGGGGUGAAAGUGUCCGGACUGGAAGGGGGUGAAAGUGUCCGGACUGGAAGGGGGGGGAAAGUGUCCGGACUGGAAGGGGGUGAAAGUGUCCGGACUGGAAGGGGGUGAAAGUGUCCGGACUGGAAGGGGGUGAAAGUGUCCGGACUGGAAGGGGGUGAAAGUGUCCGGACUGGAAGGGGGUGAAAGUGUCCGGACAGGAAGGGGGGGAAAGUGUCCGGACUGGAAGGGGGGGAAAGUGUCCGGACU